AUGGGUCCUCUCCUCCGUGCCGCCGUGCUCUCCGCCGCGCUGUUCGCCCUCGCCGCCGUGGGCGGCGAGGCGCACAGCGCCACCGAUUUCCUCAACAUCUUCAAGCCGCGGAACGAGCACGACUACUUCCACAACGCGAACCAGGGGCAGGAGGAGAACGUGAUGCCCCGGGCCAGCGACCAGCAGAACCUCAUCACGGCGCCCGUGACCAAGAGCGGCCUCAUGAAGGUGCCGCCCCGGUCCGCGCCCACCGCGGUGGCGCAGGACACGGUGGUGCUCCCCGUGGACAACGCCGGCGAGUUCCCCGGCGCGUGGUCCAUCAUCAGCGAGAACGCCGGCGUGUCCGCGAUGCACCUGGUGAUCUUGCGGAGCGACAAGGCCAUCAUGUUCGACACGGUUACCACGGGCCCGUCGCUGCUGAGGCUGCCCAAGGGGAACUGCCGCCUCGACCUCCGGAGCAAGGAGGUCGGCGCCCAGGACUGCGCCGCGCACGCCGUCGAGUUUGAUUACGCCACGGGCGGGGUCAGGCCUCUCAAGGUUGGUUGGUGCCAUGGUGUGCCUUACGCUUCUUCUUCUUCCUUUCCGUCGUCUCGUCGGUUUGUUGCAUGGUUCCAAGGACAAAAGUCACGCACGAGCCGCGACGGCCAUUGUCUGCACUGCAUGCAGGUCUUAACGGACGUGUGGUGCUCAUCGGGCGCGCUCGACGCCGAGGGCAACCUGGUGCAGACCGGCGGCUACUUCGAAGGGGAGAAGGUUGUGAGGUACCUGAGCCCAUGCGGCAACUGCGAUUGGAGGGAGUUCCCGGGGAGCCUGGCCGAAGGAAGAUGGUGCAUACCACAACUAGCUAGUGCGUAUCACAACAGUCAUCAUCAACCGAUUACAGACUCACACAGUGGCGUGCGUGCGUGCGUGCGCAGGUACGGGACGCAGCAGAUACUUCCGGACGGGCGCUCCAUCGUGCUCGGCGGCCGGCGUGCGUUCAGCUACGAAUUCGUUCCGGCGGAAGGCCAGUCGAACGCCCAAGCCAAUAACCUCCAGAUACUCCGUGACACCACCGACGACGUGGAGAACAACCUGUACCCGUUCGUCCACCUCCUUCCCGACGGGACUCUCUUCAUCUUCGCCAACGACCGCUCCAUCCUGUUCGACCCCAGGAACGGCCAGGUCGUCCGCGAGCUCCCGGUCCUCCCUGGCGGGGGCCGGAACUACCCUGCCUCCGGCAUGUCGGCGCUCCUCCCCCUGGACCUCCGCCGCGGCGACGUCCUCAGUCCCGAGGUCAUCGUCUGCGGUGGCUCCCCCAAGAACGCCUUCAAGCUCGGCGAGGCCAACAUUUUUAACGCCGCUCUCAAGGACUGCGCGCGCAUCAACCCCUUGAAGCCCGACGCGCGGUGGGCGACCGACCAGAUGCCCGUGAGCCGCACCAUGGGCGACCUGCUCAUCCUGCCCACCGGCGACCUGCUCAUCCUGAACGGCGCGGCUAAGGGCUGCUCCGGCUGGGGUUUCGGGCGGCAGCCCGUGCUGAGCCCGCUCCUGUACUCUCCGCGGCAGAAGCGGGGCUCGCGGUUCCGCGCGCUGGCACCGACGACCAUCCCGCGCAUGUACCACGCCACCAGCGCGGUGCUGCCCGACGCCACCGUGCUUGUGGCCGGCAGCAACACCAACUCCGCCUACAACUUCAGCGGCGUCGACUUCCAGACGGAGGUGCGCGUCGAGCGGUUCACCCCGCCGUACCUCUCCCCGGCGCUCGCGACCAACCGGCCCAUGAUCGACGUGGGGACCGUCCCCGGCGACGGGAUGGCGUACGGGGCCAAGUUCACGUUCCAGUUCUCCACGCCCGUGCAGGCCGUGGCCGAGGCCGACGUGAAGGUCACCAUGUACGCGCCAGCGUUCACGACGCACGGGUACUCCAUGAACCAGCGGCUGCUGGUGCUGUCCGUCACCACGUUCACGGCCAACGGGCAGAGAUACACGAUAACCGUCGACGCUCCGGGAAAGCCUGAGCUCGCGCCGCCCGGCUACUACCUGUUGUACGUCCUGGCGAAAGGCGUGCCGAGCAAGGCCGCGUGGGUGAAGGUACACAAGUGA